CGGCUCGGCUGCCAUGUCCCGCCAGGCGAAGGACGACUUCCUGCGGCAGUACACAGUCUCCGACCCCCGGACCCACCCCAAGGGCUACACCGAGUAUAAAGUGACCGCGCAGUUCAUCUCAAAGAGGGACCCAGAGGAUGUCAAAGAGGUGGUGGUCUGGAAGCGGUACAGCGACUUCCGCAAGCUGCAUGGGGACCUGGCCUACACCCACCGCAACCUCUUCCGCCGCCUGGAGGAGUUCCCGGCCUUCCCCCGCGCCCAGGUGUUUGCCCCAUUUUCAAGACAAGGCAGCUGAGGCUCAGGGUCAUAGAGGGGCUUGGCCUGUAAGUGGCAGAACCAGAAUUCCUCCCCAGGAGCUGGUGUCUGCGCUGUCCAAAAACAGCAACUGUGAGCCGGAGGUGGUGAGUCUGAGCCGAGGCCGGUUUGAGGCCUCAGUGAUUGAAGAGCGGCGGAAGGGGGCCGAGGACUUGCUUCGCUUCACUGUGCACAUCCCCGCGCUCAACAACAGCCCCCAGCUCAAGGAGUUCUUCCGGGGUGGGGAGGUGACCCGGCCCUCCGACGUGUGCAGAGACCUGCACAUCCUGCCACCCCCUCUGAUCCCCACACCGCCCCCUGAGGAUACCUGGUUGCCCCAGCCGCUCCCCACAGAGAGGAGAGGCCUCGAGGAACUGGACGUGCCAGCAGAUCCGCCACCAUCCAGCCCUGCCCAGGAGGCCCUGGAUCUCCUCUUUAACUGUGGGAGCACCGAGGAGGCGUCCAGUUCCCCUGCCCAAGGCCCCCUCACAGAGGCUGAGCUUGCCCUCUUCGACCCCUUCUCCAGGGAAGAAGGUGCAGGCCCCAGUCCAACCCACAUGGGUGAGCUGGCAGCGGUGGAGGCAGAGUCUGAAAGGCUGGACCAGGAACCCUGGGAGCCCGGAGGGCCAGAGGAGGAAGAGCACGAGGAAGACCGGCCGGCCCCUGCCUAUCUGAGCCAAGCCACAGAGCUCAUCACCCAGGCUCUGCGGGAUGAGAAGGCAGGUGCCUACCCUGCAGCUCUGCAGGGCUAUCGGGACGGCGUGCACAUCCUGCUACAGGGCGUUCCUGGUGACCCGUCACCUGCCCGCCGGGAGGGUGUGAAAAAGAAGGCAGCCGAGUACCUGAAGAGAGCAGAAGAAAUCUUCCACCUGCACCUGUCCCAGCCCCCCUCCUGAGAGGGAGUGAACCCCUGCCCGGGACUGGAGCUCCAGCACUGCCAGCUCUCCCUAGGGCCUGGCCUGAUAUCCUGGUCUAGUAACACUAGGGGUCAUUUCUUUAUGUAACUGGACCAAGAAUGAGACAAAUAAUGAAUUCAGAGCUCCUUGACCACACGUGCCACUUUGGAAUUAGGACAGAACACUUAAGCCGAUCCUGCCUGUCUUGCGUGGCCAGCAUCCCUGGUCCUGAACUGGCUGUUUACCCAACUAGAACAGGGGUCUGCAAACCAUGGCCUGCAGCCACAUCUUGCCCACGGCCGUUUUUUGUAAGUCCCAUGAGCUAGAAUGGUUUUUACAUUUUUUAAUAGUUGAAGAAAAACCAAAAGAAUAGUAUUCUGUGACAGAUGAAAAUUACAUGAAAUUUAAGUAUUAAAAAUAAAAUUAUGUUGG